AUGGCUUUUAUGCUUCUGGCUUUACAUGUACAUCUAGCUUUGAACCUCAUAAGCAGCAAUAUUCCAGAGAAUUUUUUUCCAGGCUCUUUUAUUUAAAGCAUAACAGUGGUCUGAACAGAAACUGUUCUGAUUGCACAGAUGUGCAAUUUUGCUUUGUGGAGUGAUUUUUACCUCAUCAAAGGAGAACAAGAAGAAAGGCAAAAAUCUGAGGAGUCCAGAACAUACCUGUAGAGCUGCAGCUUCUCUUUCUCCGAGCUCUGCCAAAGGUAUGAGCUGUUAUGUAGCAGUUGCAUGUGAAGAAAAGACAGAGUGCAAGUCGUCGUCAGAAGAUCCUGUCCUAAGCUGGGCCUGAAGAGUUCAUCCAGCUGACUGCCACAUAAACAAAAUCCAGAAGUGAAAAAGGCAAGUCCCUCUGCCACAAUGAGCUCUGAACAUGAACAAAUCGAUGUUACAAAAACUGUUGUCAAUGGGCUGAGCAGCAAUGGACAAGAAAAAGCUGUUGAUGUCCCUUUAUGUACACGUUCUAUUUCUGCCGUUAAAAUAAUCCCUGUGAAGAAAGUGAAAAGUUCUCCUCACCUAGUGCUGCCUACAGAAAUGGAUCCCACGAAAGUCUGCAGUGGAAAAGGAGCUGUAACCCUCCGGGCAACUCCAUCCUAUGAAGAGAAUCGGAAUAUCACUUCACCAUGUCCUCAGGAUGUUGAGCAACCUGAAAGUCUGGAGCCAGAAAACUCAGAAACAGAUGAUUGGAGGUCAUCGUCUAACACUGAUGCCAAUGGGGAUGCCCAACCAUCAUCUUUGGCUGCCAAGGGUUACAGGAGUGUGCGUCCAAACCUUUCUUCAGACAGCAAGCCACAGGCCCUUGCUCCUCCCCGUCCUCCUCUUCCCAAAGAGGAAAGCUUUGCAUGGCGUCCUCGCACUGACACUAAAGCGACCAACCUGUUGCCAGUGCCCAUCAUGGACUGUGUGUACCUGAAUACACCGAAGCCUUAUAUGCAGCGUGCAUCACCAAACACCAGUGCACGCUGUUAUUUGUCAUCACCUCCCCCCUAUGGCACCAGUGGGAAGCAAGGCUUGCCGGCAGGGCAUUCUCCCUCUUCAGACCCCAAAGAUGAGGUGCAUGCUGGGCAGCCACUCUUGGAAAGUCACUCCUCAUCGGGUGCAUCAUCCAUGCAACGCAGCCCUGACAGGGCAGAUCCCAGUAGUAAGUCUGGAAUGAAUUCCAGUCAUGAGACGAAGGCGGAUAAAAAGGUCACCAAACUAUAUGUAGCUUGUUUAUCUAACAGCACUUGCUCGGGCGCAUCUCAAAAUUCCACUGGCACCACACAUGACCCAGCAGCCAGCACCAGUUUGGGCGCUGAGCUCAUUCAGGCACCAGCCACCAACAUUGUUUCCUCUGUAACAGACACUGAAAAGUCUCUUCCUGCUGCUCCUCCUCCUCCUAUUCCUCCCAGGCCGUACUUUUACAUUGUCCUCAGCAAAGAUGCAGUUAGUUGUGGUGCGGGCCAGCCCUCCCGGACUCAGUCAUCACCUCCGCAAGCUGUGAGGGACAGAGUGCUCGAGCCCCAGAGCACAACUGCCACAGAGGACAGGAUGAGAAAAGAGCCUUACCUUACUCAGCAGCGACAGCCACCAUACAAGGCAAUGGGACGCAGCAUGGAUGCCACUGCCACCACCUCAGCUCAGCCUGGAGUUAUAGUAGUCCCCCUCCUCCAGGUUAAUCCAGACAGACAACAAGAAGGCAGCUCCAGCACUCCACCACCGCCUCUGGUUCCUUUUGGGCAAGGCUCCGUAUUCCCUGAGAUUGUUUCUCCUGGCUCACCCUUGACUUUUCCAACUCUAGACGAUUUCAUUCCCCCACAUCUCCAGAAGGGCUCCCACCAUAACCAAGCACCCUCCACAUCUGGCACAUUACCCUCUGUUUACCCGAAACUGCCAUUCUUCUCAUCACCACCUUCACUUGUCCCUCCAGUCACAGGGGCUUUGCACAGGGGCUUGAAGCCUGAAAUCACUGGAGUCGUCUCACAUACAGACCCAGGUCCUGUGCUAAAUGAAGUGCCCCAGCCUGGCACUGACUAUCCAACCUCCAUCACUUCCAUCAGCAAGUCUGCCUCUGCCUAUCCUUCUACCACAAUCGUCAAUCCCACUAUUGUCCUCUUGCAGCACAAUCGAGAACAGCAAAAAAGGCUUAGUAGCCUGGCAGAUUCAGUGCCAGACAGAUUAGUUCCUGAUAAAGUUGAUUCAGCACUUCUACGGGACAAGCCGGUUCAGGAGACAGUGCCAAGUGAGAAGAGGGCGGUGGAAGAAAAGAGAAGCACUGUCAAGAGCCCUCACCACAUGGCUGAUACUUCUGUCGAUGAUAUUGGGAUUCCACUGAGGAAUACAGACAGAUCAAAGGACUGGUACAAGACGAUGUUCAAACAGAUCCACAAGCUAAAUAGAGACAAUCCUGAAGAAAACCCUUAUUGCCCUACCUACAUAUUUCCUGAACUUCCUGAAAUCCAGCAAAAAACUGAAGAAGACAAUCCUUAUUCUCCUACAUACCAGUUUCCUGCGUCUACUCCUAGUCCUAUCUCUGAAGAUGAAGAUUCUGAUUCAUACUCUCCUCGUUAUUCCUAUUCUGAGGACAGCAGAACCCAGCUUUCUGUUCCCCGCUCCAAGAGUGAGAUGGACAAUAUUGAUUCAGAGAAGGUUGUGAAGAGGUCUGCCACUUUGCCACUGCCAAACCGUACUUCAUCACUGAAAUCAAGCCCAGAAAGGACUGACUGGGAGCCUCCAGACAAGAAGGUGGACACCAGAAAAUACCGUGCAGAACCCAGGAGCAUUUAUGACUAUCAGCCAGGGAAGUCCUCCGUUCUGAACAACGAAAAGAUGACUCGGGAUAUAAGCCCAGAAGAGAUAGAUUUAAAGAAUGAACCUUGGUAUAAAUUCUUUUCGGAAUUGGAGUUUGGGAAACCGCCAUUUGUUCACAUGCCUCCAAAAAAGAUUUGGGAUUAUACUCCUGGAGAUUGCUCUAUCCUUACUAGAGAGGAUAGAAAGAGUGAUCUAGAAAAAGACCUCUACCUCUACCAGACUGAGUUAGAGGCAGAUUUAGAAAAAAUGGAGAAGCUUUAUAAAGCACCACAUAAAAAGCCACAGAAGAAUACAGCAGGUGUUACUCCUCUGGAAACUUCCACAGACCAUUCUUCCUACUCCACCUAUUCACCCAACUACCAUGCAGUGAAGAGGGAGUCAGAGUUAGCUCUGGGGGACCCUGCUGCCUUGGAGAAUGAAAGGCAGAUUUACAAGAGUGUGCUGGAAGGUGGAGAUAUCCCAUUCCAGGGGUUGAGUGGUCUCAAACGACCUUCGAGCUCUGCUUCCACAAAAGUGGAUCGUAAAGGUGGGAAUGCUCAUAUGACUGCACCCUCUUCAGUUAAUAGCCGAACCUUUAACACUAGUCAUACCGGUAUGUUAGGUCACGCAUGUAAACAUAAGAAGCCCUUAUCAGCUGCCAAAGCCUGCAUUACUGAAAUCCUCCCUUCUAAAUUCAAACCCAAACUAGCAGCUCCAGCUGUUCUUGUGCAAGACAAGACGGGUAUCUUGCUGUCUCAUGAGAAAGCUCAAAGCUGCGAAAACCUUCGUAGCUCCACUGCCUUGCUUGAUAAUAAAAAGGCUUUCAUGGUAGACAUAGGGGAAAGCAUAGAAAACAUCUUGAUGAAGUCGAAGCAAGAGUAUGCCAUCAAAUCCGGCAGUACCAUGAGCCUGCAGGAGUAUGGCACCAACUCUAGGAAAGGCUACCUGUUCCCUGCCUCCAGAAAGAGUGGUAUGGAGUUUACAAUGCUCUAUAAAGACAUGCACCAGAUCAACCGGUCCAGGAUCCAUUUGGACACAGUCUCCUCCUGCAGCGUGAAGGAUAUUGCAUCUCAGUUUGAGAAUGAAGCAAAGGACAGGAUGGAGCACAGUCUUAGUCGAGAGGAUUCAGAGCAGAUCCCCAAAGACACCGUUUCCUCCCGUAUCAGUGCCUUUGAGCAGCUGAUCCAGAGAUCCCGAUCAAUGCCCUCACUUGACUUUUCUAUUGGGCUAAACAAACCUACCACUUCUCUUCAGUCUAAAACUUUGCUGAGUGCUGCAUACUCUGCAGAGAUUCUUCUGGAUUUGUCAAAAGCACACCAAGAAGAGAAGGAUGUUGCCAGCUUUGCAGAUAAAUCCUCCCGCUCCUGCAGCAAUGUGGAGGACACGGCUUCAGAUGUAAGUGAUGUCAUCCCUAUGGACACACUUUCAGCUUGCACUGAUGAGAUAGAUCUUCUCUCCAAUGCCUCCAAUGACAGUGGCAGCAGCAGCAGCAACCUCAAUGGGCCUCAGAAGCAUAAAAUAAACAGAUGCAAAGGCGCAUGCCCAGCUUCCUACACCAGGUUCACUACCAUCCGAAGGCACGAACAGCAGCAGGCCUCCAGGAACCCUGAUUCCAAAGGGGAUGUCUAUGGGGAUAGGCACAUGCUCCCCAGAAAUGUCUACCUAAUGAGCCCACUCCCGUUCCGAUUGAAAAAGCCCUUCCAACACAAAUCCUGCAGAACUCCACCCCCAGACUGCCUGGCAAGCCUGGCAGUGCCCAGCCCUGACAACCCUGACGACCCCAUACAGCUGCAGGGGAGUGUAGGAAACAAGAGUCACCACUCCCAGCACCAACCUUGCUCCAGAAGCGGGCCUCUUGCUCCCAGGCGCCGGUCCUCCUUUGACGUUGUGGAGAGGCUUAGCUACUUCCCCACCAUGGGAUCUAGCCGGGAUAGCUUCGCAGGCCAGGCUGGCACUCCUGACUCCUUAAACAAUGGGAACCCUGUUUCAUAUGCCCUCUAUCACAGCCUGGACACAAACAACAACCCGCAAAGUGAACUUGGGACGUACCUAGGAGAUUCAGAAUCACCAAGGCAUUUUGCACCAGUUGAUUACAUGGAAACUCCAGAAGAAAUUAUCCGCAGGCGGCAUGAUGAUAAAGAGAAACUUUUAGAGGACCAGAGACGGCUUAAACGUGAGCAAGAAGAAGCUGAUAUUGCCGCUAGAAGGCACACAGGGGUUAUUCCAACGCACCAUCAGUUUAUCACUAAUGAGCGAUUUGGGGAUCUCCUAAAUGUAGACGAUACAGCAAAGAGGAAAUCUGGGUCAGAGAUGAGACCUGCUAGAGCCAAGUUUGACUUUAAAGCACAGACGCUAAAGGAACUUCCUCUGCAAAAAGGAGAUAUUGUUUACAUUUACAAGCAGAUUGACCAGAACUGGUUUGAAGGUGAACACCAUGGCAGAGUUGGCAUCUUCCCACGAUCAUACAUAGAGCUCCUUCCACCAGCUGAGAAGGCUCAACCCAAAAAGCCAUUACCAUUGCAAGUAUUGGAAUAUGGAGAUGCUAUUGCUAAAUUCAACUUCAAUGGAGAUACCCAAGUGGAAAUGUCCUUCAGAAAGGGUGAAAGGAUCACGUUGAUUCGACGAGUGGAUGAGAACUGGUAUGAAGGAAGAAUCUCUGGCACCAGUCGCCAAGGCAUCUUCCCUGUCACUUACGUGGAGGUGCUCAAACGGCCAGUGGUCAAGAACGCCAUUGACUAUCCUGACCCACCAGUGUCCCUCUCCCCCAGCCGCAGCGUGACAGCUUCACCACAGUCUCCCAGCUCUGAGCUGCUCCAUACUCCAACUCCUCCGCCUUUGCCUUUUGCGCGCCGCGCUUUGUCUCCAGAGGUGCAGGCGGUCACAUCCGAGUGGAUUGCUCUGACCGUGGGAGUGUCUCCCAGCACCACUCCUGCCAUAACUCCUCCAUUGCCUCCUCUGCCUGAAGCCUCCCUCUCUCACACUGACUAUCUCUCGCCUUCUGCUGCAGCCAGCCCUUCCCCCACAGUCAGCCUCCACCAUUCUCAUCUCUCUGGCUCCUCGACUCCCAGGUCCAUUAAAUCCCCAUUGCCCUCUUCCUCAUCCAGACCUCAAUCCUCUGCCCACAGUUUCUACCAGGCCACUCCACAAAGUGAAGAAAAGUUUGUUGACUCCCCUCCUCCCAGCAUGGCCUACUCUAACUCCUCGCGCUGGGCAGUGGAGAGCCCCGAAAGCAUCCUCGCAGAGCAGCGUGACACCACUGCCAGCCAAGCCUGGCUCCAAAAGACAGGAGAGGGCAGCAGCCACCCCGAGCAGAGUGCUCAUGCUGUCCCCAAGAUCUCUGCUGAGCGCUGCCUGAAACCAUCCCAACUAGACAUGCGUGCGAGCCCAGAAAGGAGACCUGUGGGUUCCUCUGAGGACAACCAGUUGUGUCAGGAGCUAAUGGCUAUUGUUCAGGGAGGUAAAACAGAGAAAAGAGACGUGAGGAAAGGUGAUCUGGGAAAGUUUCAAAGCGGGGAAAAGAAGACUGCAGACUCAAAAGUAUUCUCUUCAUCUGCUCCUCUUUCUUCCUCUACCCUCUCUUCCUCUACUGUCACAACACAGCCACCUCCCAGACUUACACGCAGAGUCAAUAAGCCACAGCCUUCCCACCAUUCAUUGAGAGCUGGACCAGAUCUCACAGAGUCUGAAAAGAGCUAUGUGGAAGCUGUUUGCAAUGAAAUCAUAAACAUUGCAGAAAAGUCUGUUCAUUACUGCAGUACUAUUUCUCAGCCUCUUGACUCUCGCCACAAGGUGACCUCUAAUGACCAUAAAUCAUCUCUCAUCAUUUCUCAGCAACCUCAAGCACAGCAGCAAGGAGCCAGCCCUGAGCGAAGUCAAACACCACGAGACAUAGUUAGCUACCAAGCCCUCUACAGCUACACUCCUCAGAAUGAUGAUGAGCUGGAACUGAGGGACGGUGACAUUGUCGAUGUCAUGGAGAAAUGUGAUGAUGGCUGGUUUGUAGGUACAUCCAGAAGAACAAGGCAAUUUGGCACCUUCCCAGGCAACUACGUGAAGCUUCUUUACCUGUAAAAUAACAGUGAUCCCACCAUGACAAUGAUGGGAUUCCUUUUCAGAUGGUGUUUUUAAACAAUGAAGAAACAGACAAUUUAUGAAUGUAAUAGACAAGAGGUGAGAAGUGUUAGGAGGAUGUGAUUAUGUGGUACACUAUUGAGUUGAAUGUGUAAGCCCUGCUUCCAUGGAGUCAGGGUGUGAUUUGUUUGCUGAAGAAGAGACAGUUUCUAGUUUACAGUGCUGCCUUUGUGUAUUCCUCUCCCUUCCCCAGCAAGAGUUUUGAUGAUAAUCUUAAUUUGUACGGAGUACUUACCUCUGAGAAGGCUUCAGGGAAGCACAUGGUAUAGGUUUUAUUUGUGUGUUGAGAUAGGAUAGUGCUUUGGGGCAGUACUCAGCCCUGCAGCUGCUCACGUUUGUUGGAACAGUUCAGGAGGCCAGGCUUGCUGCCCAGUUUCUGCCUUGCUGAAGACUCACUUUUCUCUGCCUUCCAGUUCCAUAGAAAACCCCUCCUUCAUGUCAUGCAUCUUAAGACCCAGCAGAGGCAAAGGACAGCUGAUACAAUUAAACUGCAGAGCUCUGUGUGGAAAAGGAGUUUGGGACUGGUGGUUUAAUCCAGAGAGGUCAGCCAAAGCAUAAUGCAAAUGUGCAAAAAUCCCAAACCCUUGAAGAACGUAUUACCAAUCUCUGCAGGGUUUUUUCUUUUGUGCAGAGUGUGUGUGCGUGAGUGUAUUGUGUGCAUCAAAAUAAACUGAGUCCUGUUUUUUUAAAGAGAAAUCAGCCUAGCUUUGACAUUUUUCUGCACAAAGAAUAGAACCAAUAAACAGAACAUCUGUGAGGGCGAAUCCUGUUUAUGUGUCCUACGGCUGUUCACUUUCUCUGCUCCUCCUGCCCUGUUGCUGGCCCUAAAGGAUCAUACACCUUUUGCAGUAUAUGCUUUGGGAUGAAGACUUUACUUCUUUCCCAGCAUUAAAUCUUAGAGGCUCUGAUAAAUCUGAGCAAUGUAUCACUGAGGGUGCCUUUUUUUUUCAUUUUGGUUUCAGUGUUGAUUGUAGGUCUCAAAUAAAUACAUGCAUUUUGGCUGCCUCUUAGUCAUACAAAAAAGUCUAAUCAUUUUGGAAAGCUGUUCCCAGCAGUUAUUACCAGUUACAUAAAUUUGUAUUUCCUUAAGGGGAAAAAAAAAAACAACCAUGGCUUGGCUGUAUGUUUGCCUGUAAAUCCACUAUGAAUACUCUUUUGAUAGACUUUUUGUUAUUAAGGAAAAGCAUAAACAAUACCAGUUCUAUCAGACUCUGCUUCCUACAGUUACCGUACAAAUAGCAAAGGGUUAGAUUGCUAUUUUGUCAUAAGCCGUAUUUAAUAAUAUAAAAUGCCUAUUUUUAUGCUGAUGCUUUUAUACAGAUUUAUUAAGAGUAAACUACAACUAACUGUUAGCACGACUUGCAAUGUUUUGAUAAACUAGCCAUGCUCCUGGGUUUGAAAUCAAGUAGGCUUGUCUUCCGUCUCAGCGGAAGAGAAGACUCUGUGUCUCAGAAGUUUGACUGUAAAUAUGUAUAUUUAACUUUGUACAGACAAUGUACUUACCUUGUAUAGAGAAAUAAUUUAAACACAUUGAAUGAAGGGAGGGACAAAAAGGCAGUUGUGAAAGGUUGGGAUUUUUUUCCACUUUUAUUUAAGUGAUGGAAUUCCAUGUAUGUUCACAUAAAGAGUUUUAGCACAAAAUAUUCAUUAUGAAAGGGUUUCAGAUAUGACACAAAGCACCACUGUUUAUUUUCUGCAGAAGAUAUCUUGAUUCCUGCAUCUUAUUUAUGGGGUUGUUGUUCUGCUUUGGGUUUGCCCUCCAGUUAUUUGCAACAAUGUUUAGGCCUGUUGCUAAGAUUGGAUAACACCAAAUAAAUCUAUCCAGCAAAGUAACAUGUUGAUAUUGAUUGUAUAUAACAUACUCAUUUAAAGGUUAAUUUUCUGUUCUUGCUCUUGCCAGUUUAAGUUAAACACACACACACACACACACACACACAUAACACACGUAUCCACACAAACCGCAACUUACUUUGUGUUGAUUUUUUGUUUCUUAUUGCAGUGGAUUACUAUUUGACAAUUAAUAAAUGGAAUUAUUGAAUUAC